GAAACGCAAGAUGGUCUCCAAAAUGUCCGUCGGGGCCAACAUGCUCUUACUUUGGCGCAAACCCCGCAUCCUGCUCGUCUGCGCUGCGGCGGCGUGCGGCGGUCUGCUGUUCGGUUAUGACCUUGGAGUUACUGGGGGCGUCACCGGCAUGCCCACGUUCCUGGAGAAAUUCUAUCCCCACGUCCUGACGAACCAGAAAUCGUCUACCUCGUCCGCCUACUGCGCAUUCAACGACCACCUCCUGACGCUGUGGACGUCCUCCAUGUUCUUGGCCGGCGCCGGCGCAAGUAUUGUGGUGCUCCUCCUCUCCAACCGCAGCCUGCCUCUCGGAGGUCUGGGCCGCCGCGGUAUCAUGGUGACUGGAGGCAUCGCCUUCCUCAUCGGAGCACUGCUGCAGGCGCUCGCGCAGAACAUCGGCAUGCUCAUCGCCGGCCGCCUCUUCCUGGGAGUCGGCAUCGGCUUUGCCAACGAGGCCGUGCCCCCCUACAUCUCGGAGAUGGCGCCCCCCUCGAUGCGUGGAGGCCUCAACAUCCUGUUCCAGCUAGCGACGACCAUCGGCAUCUUCGUGGCAUCCCUCAUCAACUGGGGUCUGGAGGCCCACUCUGACGGCUGGCGCUGGUCGCUCGGCAUUGCUCUGGUGCCGGCGCUCGUUUUCACCAUCGGAGUCGCCCUCUGCCCGGAUACCCCCAACUCGGUGCUGGAGCACGACCCUGACAACCUCGUCAAGGCCGAGGCGGUGCUGGUGACGAUGCGCCCGGAGGGCCAUGACAUCCAGGCAGAGCUCAUGGACAUUCAGAGGAAUGCCAAGGAGACGAGCGAGGAGUCCUUCUGGGCCUCAGUCACCACGCUGUACAGCCGGGGCCACUACAAGCAGGCCAUGGCGGCCCUCUUCAUCCCCUUCUUCCAGCAGUUCACCGGCAUGAACGCCAUCAUGUUCUACGCGCCGCAGCUCUUCCAGGUGCUGGGCUUUGGAGUCAAGGCGUCGCUGAUGAACUCUGUCAUCACAAACACUGUCAACCUGGUCUUCACCUUCGUGGCCAUCGGACUGGUUGACUGGACCGGCCGCAAGCCGCUGUUCUACGUGGCGGGCGCCAUCAUGUUUGGCAUGCAGAUUGCCACCGGCGCGAUCGCAGCCGUGAACUUCAAGAACGGCUCCAUCCCGGCCCAGAUCGCCAACGGGAUGCUGACCUGCAUCUGCAUCUUCGUGGCCUGCUUCUCCUUCUCCUGGGGCCCCCUGGGCUGGCUGGUACCGUCGGAGAUUCACACAAACCAGACCCGAACGGCGGGCAUGUGUGGAACUGUGUUUGUCAACUUCAUCGCCAGUUUCAUCAUCGGACAGUGCUUCAACCAGAUGAUGUGCUCUAUGGAGUACGGAGUGUUCCUCUUCUUUGCCGGCUGGGUUCUCAUCAUGACCACGUGGGUCGCCUUGUGCUUGCCAGAGACGAAGGGCAUCGCUGUGGAGAACGUGAUGGACGCAUGGGCCACGGUGCCAAACUGGCCGUGGAAUCAAAAGCAGGUGGCAAAGGAGCUGCCUACCAUUGCCGCUGAGAAGGGCGCUGCCACCAACGGUGUAGCCAAUGGUCACCACUGA